AUGAUAACCCAAGUCGUUAAAAACGAUACCAAUGCAGAGGAAAGCGUUUUCAAGAAAUUUCAGUCCAUAACCAAUGCGAUUAGCUUUUGUGCAAGGUUUGUGGGAGCGGAGAUCACCGAUCCGGACUUCAAGAUGUCCUGGUGGACCUACAAUGUGAUCUGCGUGUGCAGCAUGUUCCUGCUCUGCACAGGAUACACGGUGUAUGUGGGCGUGGUCAUCGACGGCGAUUGGCUGGUCCUUGUGCAAUCCGCCUGCCAGGGAGGAGCAGCGAUCCAAGGGAGCGCCAAGCUCUUCUGCGUUCUAAUGUACCGCAAAUACUUGCUGGAAGUGUGGGAUUUUCUACAUUUUACCUAUGAGAGCUACGAAAACCAAGGCCCAAAUUAUAAAAAAGCUCUCCAGGAUGCCUUGAAAUUCUUGAUAACCAGCGUAAAAGGAUUUGGCUCAGUCCAUCUCAGCGCCCAUUUGGCCUGUAUUAUUUUCCCGGCAGCAUAUUAUGCUCUAUAUUCCGAAAAGCUGAUGGUUAUGCAAUUUCUGGUUCCGGGUCUCAACCCUAAAACGAUUAUGGGCUACUGGAUCCUCACCGCCUUGCACACCACUUGCAUUGUGUGUGGGUUUUUCGGAAACUUCGCUGCCGACAUGUACAUUUUCGUCUUCAUUGCGAAUGCGCCACUGGUAAAGAAUAUCCUUAAAUGCAAGCUGGAGGACCUAGACGCCAAAUUGGAGGCUUUAAAUGGACAGAGGAUCUUACGCGAAGAUGUCCAUGAAGAUAUGGUUGCCAUCGUUAACUGGCACAAGAAGUAUCUAAGACUUCUGGAGUGCUCGGAGCGUGUUUUCUUCCUAGUGAUCUUUGUGGAGAUGAUUAGCUGCUGUAUGAGCAACCUGUGCAUCCUUUACUGCAUUCUUAUUGGGGUUUGGCCCUCGGGAAAGGUUUACCUAACAUUCACGGUCGCCUCUUUUUUAAUGUUCAGCGCCUUGGGAACUGUGGUGGAUAGUUCGAAUCAGGACUGCAGUGACAUCAUCUACACCUGUCGCUGGUACGAUCUGCCACUUGCCGAACAGCGAGUCCUGCUCUUCAUGCUCCGCAAUUCGCAAUCCACACCCGGACUUUCGGUGGGGAAAAUGAUGCCCCUCAAUAUGAACACCGCGGUGCAACUUUCUAAGGCCACCUACUCUGUUCUUAUGCUGCUGAUGAGCGGACGUGAGGAGUGA